AUGUCGUCCUGCUCGCCGCCGAAACAACUGGGCGCCCCAGCAGCGGCUGGUGAUGCGUCGCAGCGUUCGCAGAUGAAGGAGCUGGAUCAGUGGAUCGAGCAGCUCUACAGGUGUGAGCAGCUUACGGAGAGUCAGGUGAAAGUGCUCUGCGACAAGGCCAAGGAAAUACUGCAGAAGGAGUCAAAUGUGCAGGAGGUGAAGUGUCCGGUGACAGUGUGCGGCGAUGUGCAUGGGCAGUUCCAUGAUUUGUUGGAGCUGUUCAAAAUGGGUGGCAAAGCACCGGACACAAACUAUCUGUUUAUGGGCGAUUACGUGGACAGAGGUUAUCAUUCGGUGGAGACAGUCACGCUGCUUGUGUGCUUGAAGGUGAGAAUUUUUGAACGAGUGACAUUAGCAGCUAAGCGAACCGAGGACUCGACUGGCGCCACCGGGAGAACUAAGCUCUGCAUGUUUCGCUUAUAA